UUAUAAUCGCGCUUGAAUAACCCGGAUGUAGUUUCAAGUGGAGCAGUGCGUUUUCUUGCACGAUAAUACAACUUCCACUUUUAAAAGGAUUAUUAGAGUAGUUUGCAUUUCUACUGUAAUUCUUGAGUGCAUAUCAUAGAUUACACAUAAGUAUAAAUAAUUGUGCCUCAACUAUGUCGGUCGUUCCACCCAACCGAUCAUCAACCGGUUGGCCCCGUGGAGUCAAUCAAUUCGGGAAUAAAUACAUCAGUCCGCCGGCCAAACCUCUUACCCUAGAGAGAACCAUCAACCUGUACCCGCUUACGAAUUACACAUUUGGCACAAAAGAACCGUUGUAUGAGAAAGACAGCUCUGUAGCUGCUCGGUUCCAGCGAAUGCGCGAAGAAUUCGAGAAGAUUGGAAUGAGGCGGACAGUGGAGGGAGUCCUCAUUGUACACGAACACAGAUUGCCUCACGUUCUCUUGUUGCAGCUUGGAACUACUUUCUUUAAACUGCCAGGUGGCGAGUUGAAUCCAGGUGAAGAUGAAGUGGAAGGUCUAAAACGUUUGAUGACAGAGAUUUUGGGGAGGCAAGAUGGAGUAAAGCAAGACUGGGUGAUUGAUGACUGCAUUGGAAAUUGGUGGAGGCCAAAUUUUGAGCCCCCACAGUACCCCUACAUUCCAGCACAUAUAACCAAGCCCAAAGAGCAUAAGAAACUGUUCCUAGUACAGCUACAGGAAAAAGCACUGUUUGCCGUGCCUAAGAACUACAAACUGGUGGCAGCGCCUCUGUUUGAACUGUACGACAAUGCUCCAGGCUAUGGACCCAUCAUCUCCAGUCUCCCACAGCUGUUAAGCAGAUAUACACAGGAGCUGUGUUAAAUUCCUUAUGCUAUAGGUUUAACUUCAUUUACAACUGAGGUAUACAGAUGGUUUGGGAUCAACUGAGCACCUCUGUGAGAGGUGGUGGGAGAGUGAUUUCUGUACUGAGGAACUCAUUGGAGUUCUUGGAGGCUAAAAAAAGAAAGGAACCAAGGAAGGACCUCACUGCUACACAUACUUUUUUUUUUUCAUCUUUCAGUUUAGUCUAUGUGAAUUGAUUUCUCUCCCAACUCUUUAAAAAAAAAAAAAAAAAAAAAAAAAAACUUAAAUCUGGUCUGUUAAAAUCUGGUUUUUCUGUGAAUUUGUUGUUGUAUUUCUAUGUUUGAUCAAGAGAAAAUAAAAUGUUUGUAGUAAA